AUGGUAUCUCAAGUGUUGAGACCGCUUCGAGACUUUGCUCCUAGCUACUUCGAUGACAUUUUUGUCCACAGUCGCGCUGAGGGCAACCUCAGUGCUGUCCAAGUUCACCUUCAACACCUGAAGCAGGUGUUUCAAGUCAUGCGAGAUAACAAGUUAUAUGCAAACUUGAAGAAGUGUGUAUUCUGUGCACCGGAGAUUCCGGUGCUGGGCUGCUACGUGAGUAAAUCGGGUGUUAGAGCCGAUCCAGAGAAGGUGUCGUCAAUCUGUUCUUGGCCCACACCCAAGAACCCUACGGAGUUACGUCAAUGGCUCGGUCUAGCUAAUUACUUGCAUAAGUACACAAAGGAUUACGCCGGUUCUAUACAGCCCCUGUCGUCACUUCUGAAGAAAGACGCCACGUGGUCGUGGCGUCCCGAACAUCAAGCAGCCUUUGACGCAGUGAAGAAGAGCCUGGCGUCGGCGCCAGUUUUGAUACUCCCUGACGACACCAAGCCGUUUCACGUGGUGUGUGAUGCAAGUGACUUUGCAAUUGGUUGCGCCCUCAUGCAGUUCGAUCAUGAGGGCCGUGAACGAGUCGUGAGCUACCAGUCACGACAGAUGAAGCCGGCAGAGAAGAACUAUCCGGUUCACGAUAAGGAACUGCUAGCGAUGCGCUAUGCACUCAUCAAGUUUUGUGUCCACCUACCGGGCGAACGCACGUUCGCCCUGUAUACUGAUCAUGCAUCUCUGCGAACAGCAAUGAAGAGCUCACACCUGUCACAGCGGAUGGCACGGUGGCUCUCUUCUUUCUCCGAGUACAACUUCGUCGUGCACUACAAGCCAGGCAAGACCAACAUUUUGCUGACGCACUGUCACGACGCCCAGAUUACGAUCCUCGUAUGGCACUGA